GAUUAGAAUUGAAUUAACGGAUACCUUGACACGUAUAUCGAUGUAAUUGGCUAAGGACAGUAUUUAGGGGAGGAGCUUUACUGGUCUUAACGUUAUUGUGUUAAAUGAACAGUUUGUAUCAGAUAAAUCUCUUUACUCGCAGUUUACUAGGACAUACAGGUGCAAACGAAAGGUGGCGUAUUUUUGACCAAAACGAUGUCUUCAUCUAAGAAUUCUAAGGAUUUAAAUGUGGAAGUGGAUUUAACAAAAAAGAGGAUUGACAUAUUGUCUUUCGAUGGAGGAGGAAGUCGAGGUGUAAUGGAAGUGAAGAUUCUCGACGACGUUUUACGUUUGGCAACGAUUGUUUUGAAAACUCCUGAGACUGUGAAAUAUCUUGUAAAGGAAGAAAAUGAUGACAAAGAAGAAAACUUCCUGGAAGAUCGCGCAGUUCGAGAACGUUUGAUCAACGAUUUGAGAGACGUUAAGGAUCCUAUUCAUCCAGCUGUAGUGUACGAGAUGAUAGUUGGUACCAGCACAGGAGGCCUGAUCGCGUUUGGUUUAGUUGGCGGAAAUAAAGUGGGGAAAGAUCACCAUACAAGAAAACAAAUGAGCAUAAAUGAAUGCAUUCAGAUGUAUCUCACAAAGGCUAGAGAAAUUUUUAGGAAGACCUGCUCUCAGAGGUUUUUUUCUCAAAUACCUGGGUUGUCUAGCAUCCCACUUGUGGCAUAUUCGCAAGAUAACGUAAAAAAAGUCCUGCAGAAUCAGUUUGGUGAUUGCAGCUUAAGUGAUUUAAGUGGUGAGGAUCCUUUGAAACCUGUUGCUGGAGCUGUUGCAAGAAAAAUCGGCAAAAACAAAGAUCUGGUGCUGUUUGAUACAGCAAGUGAUUACUACAAGAGUUACAAAGCUUACGAAGUCUUACUCGCAACAUCAAAUGCUCCAGUUUACUUUGACACUCCAGUCAAAAUUGGCGACGAUGAAUUUGUCGAUGGAGGCGUUGGUGGAAAUUGUCCUUUGGCACAAGCAAUUCCCAGAGCACAGGAACUUUUUGGAAGAGAUGGUAAACACGUAGAAAUAGUUUCUGUUUUAUCAAUUGCACCUCCCUCGUCUUCAGAAUCAGAAAUUCCUUCUAAUGGUGGUCUUACAAGUUGGUUACAUUAUUUUGUCAACGAAUCAACCAAUGGAAACGCAGUGUACAACGACGUUGUGAAGCAACAUAAAUGUGACAAAAUUUUGUUUCAAAGGUUGUCGCCACGUGGUAAGAGCUUACAAUCGUUUAAACUUGACGAUGUCGAUGUCCAAAAGAUGUUAGAUGAUAUGGAAAAUGAAAAGGCUAAGGAUGACAUGUUUCUCGUCGACGUUGUUGCCACUGCAAUGGUUGUUGUCUUUACGUCUGUUGAAAAAGUGAAAAAUGAGCAGAAAACCACGUUGACCACAGCAGCACAACUUGCUAAAGUUGCAGGGCUUGCCUACCAAAGCAGGAAAGAAUAUGAAUCAGCAAUCGUUUCGUACCAAACAAGCAAACGUCUGCAAGAGAAAGUCGGAAUUGAUUUCACUUAUUUCGAAGUCUCAUAUAAAAUUGCAAAAUGCACGAAAAAACAGGGUAAUUUUCAAUUGGCAAUGAACUUAUUCAAAUCCAACGUGAAAGACCUUGUCAGUCAACAAGAUGAUGAAAAUAGUUAUGAUCUGCUUGUCGAUAACAUGAUCGAAAUAGCAGACUGUUACCUUGCAACGUUUCGAUAUGCUGAUGCGGAAAAAUAUUUGAAAGGAAAUCCAUAAACAGUACAUCAAAGAGAAAAAGAAGUUUGCACGUGUCCUAACUAAUGAAGCAUGGUGCAAGCAUGAACUAGGAAAAUAUGAAGAAGCUGUCAAUCUUUAUAGAGAGGCAGCUACAUACACCGCAGAUGACCUCAAUGCUGAAAAGGCAGAAAUUCUGAAUAACAUUGGAUUAUGUUUCGUACGUCUUGGAAUGAAAGAAAAAGGGCUUGAAUUUGUUCGCCAAGCCCAAGACAUAAGAAAGAACUUAAAUACACCGAAUAAGGAUUCUCUAGAGGCUGAUUCUCUUUUCUACGUUGGGUUUUGCUUGUUGAAGAAAGGUGACUAUGAGGAGGCUAUGAAAAAUUUGGAGGAUGCUAAAGUUAGAUACGAUCAACUUGGGUCUGAGAUAAGCAUUUCCUUAGCACUGAGAAAUUUGGCAGCAUGCCUGUCUUUAAAAGAUCACCCAAACUGCGACCUUGCUUUGGUUUACGCCCAACAGGCUCUGGAAAAGAUAAAAAAUUCUGUCCAUCAUUACUACAAUCCUGGAAUUUCUAGAAGCUUGUCAGUUCUUGGUCUCUGCCUUUUCAAGGCGGGAAGAUUUGAUGAAGCAAAGCAAAACCUGUUAGAAGCUUUGGACAUCACCGAAAUUUUGUUUUCAGAAGACCAUCCAUGGCUGAUAGACAUUUAUCAGCUGCUCUACGAAUUGUAUACAAAAGAUGGCGAGCAGAAGGAGGCGGAGAAAUACGAAACGAAAAAGAUAAGCAUAGUCAAUGAGAUAGAAAAAAUGGCUAAGGAUGUGGAUACGACUAAAGAUGUAAGAUGGAAGUCUCUUCACGGACUUCCUUUUUUCUGAAAACAAUGGAAAUGGUUUCAUAGUAAAGUUUAUAUAGCUUGGGUGAGGAUAACUAUAAUAACAUGAAGUAUACACGGGGAAUAGAAAGAACAUAGUUAGCUUUACAUAUGCAUAGCUAAGCGUCACCAAUCACUUUUUUAUAUAGCCCAAAAAGGUUCGUGUAAAUAACUAAUCAGGUAAUGAAUGUAGAAAGUCACAGAAUAAACACUUGAAAAGCA